CCUGUGAUGUGAGAGAUGUUUCGCCCACAUUUUCUGUUCACUUAUUAACGGUCUCCAGAUUUCGGGAAUGCAGAUGCUGCUCUUUUGUGUGUUCGUUUCCGCAGUCAUUAUUUCCGUUUCCACUCCGUGGAAAGUUAUGCCGAUUUGCGAAGAGUAGCUGUCUCAUAGCGGAUAGUGGGACGCAUCACUACUGUGAACUUUAUUCGGGAACAGAAGAGUUUCGUCAGCGUGAUGGGGGACAUCGAGGCGUCGGAUAGUAAUCGGUCACGACAGACCGUAAUUCAUUCUCUUCUCCCGAGUAAAGAAUUCAUCUCCUCCCGAAAAGGACUACUGCUGCUCGGUGAAGUGGUGCUGUCGUUCAUCAGCUUUGUGUGCUUUGCUGCUUCAACAGCAGCUGCCUUCGUCACCGCUCCCUUCAUUGAGUUCUUGGCGGCCCUCUUCCUGCUGUUUGCUUAUUCUACAAAGUUCAAUGAGAGAUUUAAGGGCUUUCACUGGCCCCUCGUGGACUUCCUGCGCUGUGUCAGCGCCUCCAUCAUCUUUUUCAUCAUCUCUAUAAUAUCUGUGUCCAAAUAUCCGGAUGGAGCCUCAAAGGCUGCUGGGGUCUUUGGCUUUGUUGCCACAAUAAUCUUCGCCCUGGACUUUUAUUUCAUCUUUAAUGAACUGGCCAAUUUCCUCAAGGGAGGUGACUCCAGUGAGGAACCACCAAACACACGAGAUGAUGACUCAGACUCUGACUCUGACUAAAGCUGUGUUUGUGUCCAAAAUCCUGGCGUGUGUGACCACUACAGUGCCUGACAAUAACCAAAACAGACUCUUUGAUAUAACUUUUUUAUUGUUUGUUCUGAAAUUCAUUACAAAAUGUUGAACUUUU